UGUGGCAACUGCGUGACAAGUCAGUGACGCAGGACCCAGCCUCCAUCUCCAUCACUUGACUCCACAACACAGACAAGCCAUCGCAGAAAAUUCCCGCAAUUUGUGGAAAUAUGUAACCAUAACGAUAAUAUAUUGGAAAAAGGACACAAACAUCGCAAGCUGCUGCAUGGUACCAUGGGUGGUCAUGAUGAUGAGGUGUCAUACGUAGUCAACAACCAGCGACAGGAUGAAGAGUUGAAGAACAAGCUGAAUGACAGCAGCAAUUGGGGUGACCAGGAGUCAACUGGUAGCAAUGCCAAGUGGGUCAAAGAUGGCCAGAACCAGCUGCGCAAGGUAGCAGAGAAGGACCAGGACCACAACUGCAACAUCAACCUCAAUGGAAACGAGGACGAUCACCCACCGCAGAACACCACUCAGGAAGAGCAACAGGGGAACGAGGAACACACCGUGUCCCCCAAGACCAUCCAUGCCCUGGGCCUGACCGAAGAGGAGUCCAAGACCCUCCUCAACGAUCCAAUACUCAUCGACUCUCUGGAAUCCUCCGAGGAUAAGGAGGGGGGUGAGGACGACAAAGAAAAGGAGAAGUCUGAGGGAGACGAAGAGAGCUUGACCCGUACCAGCGGAAAGAAAGAGUCCGAGCAGAGCCACGUGGAGUUGGAUAAAGAGGGAUGCGUGACGGGUAGAAGUGCUUGUCUGCUGUUCUCCAAUGAGAACGGCCCGUCGAGUGAUGAGGAAUCCAACUGGACUGCACUGUCUCAAGAUGGCCCUGCUGAAGGCUCGCCCAAUGGAAACAGAGAGUCCUUCUGGGAUUCCAAUGCGUUUGAGACGGACACAGACCUGCCAUCAGGCUGGAUGCGUGUCCGAGACACCUCAGGCACGUAUUACUGGCACAUCCCCACAGGAACCACCCAGUGGGAUCCUCCAUCCCCCCUGGAUAAGCCAGGGGGGGACUCCAUCAUGUCCUCCAGCAUGUCCCUGGAGACCGAACCAGAGGAGACAUGGGGGGAUAUGUCUAACCCGGAUGAAGGAGCUGUAGAGGAAGAACCGUGGAAGGAGGAGGGAGAGGUGGCGUCUGACCAGAGCCUGAAGGAGUUUGAGGGAGCAACUCUGCGCUAUGCCUCCAUCAACCUCAACUAUAACUGUUCCCACUCCGAGGAGGAGGAGAAGCUUGGUCCUCUCUGCACUGAUCUGGAGGCUAAAUGUUUCGCUGUGCGCUCCCUGGGCUGGGUGGAGAUGUCCGAAGAGGAUAUGGCGCCAGGAAAGAGCAGCGUUGCCGUGAACAACUGCAUCAGACAGCUGUCUUACCACAAACACAAUCUCCACGACACAGCAGGCAUCUGGGGGGAGGGUAAGGACAUGCUGAUGGUCCUGGAGAAUGACACCAUGAACCUGAUCGACCCCCUGGGCCAGACCCUGCUGCACUCCCAGCCCAUCCACAGCAUCCGUGUGUGGGGCGUCGGCAGAGACAAUGGCAGGUCAGUAGAUUUUGCUUAUGUGGCAAGAGACAACCUAACCCAAGUCCUGAAGUGUCACGUCUUCCGCUGUGACUCCCCGGCCAAGAACAUCGCUACAAGCCUUCAUGAGAUGUGCUCCAAGAUAAUGACAGAGAGGAAAUCAACCAAGCCUGGGCUGAGCAGACUGAACUCUGACACAUGCAAACCCAUGGACAUCCCUGUUCAAGAGUUCCCUGUUCCCAAGAAUGAGCUUUUCCAGCGCUUCCUGGUCUAUUACCUUGGUAACGUACCUGUGGCAAAGCCAGUAGGUAAGGGAAGCAUGGGCAUGGACACAGUCAACGAGGCUUUGGCGGUUGCAAUGAACGGCAAAGGGAAGCAGGACUGGACCCCCGUGUCUGUCAACGUGGCUCCUGCCACUCUCACCAUACUCACCAGAGAGACGCAGGAAGUGCUGUCGGAGUGCAGGGUGCGUUUCCUGUCCUUCAUGGGCGUGGGGAAGGACGUCCACACCUUCGCCUUCAUCAUGGCCGAGGGCCCGGGGGACUUCAUCUGUCACAUGUUCUGGUGCGAGCCCAACGCUGCCAGUCUGAGUGAGGCCGUCCAGGCAGCCUGCAUGCUGCGCUACCAGAAGUGUCUGGAUGCACGGCCCCCCAGCCUGGGCUCCUGCCUGCCCACACCCCCCACUGACUCGGUGGCCCGCCGGGUCAGGAAGGGGGUCCAGAGUCUGCUGGGAAGCUUCAAGAGCUACAGGUCUGGAUCCCAGUCCCCCUGAGCAGGGAGAGGGACCAGGAUCCGCACCCUGUCAGACACCUAACCCCCCCCCCCUCCCCUCCCCCCCACCCCUCCCAUCCACUGUUUUUCGGGCCUUACUAUCCACUCACCUGUUCAUUUGUGCAUGAACUUACUGAGGAAAAUGCUUGCUGUGCUCACUGCGGAGUGCAGAGUAGGUUUAACGUGUUGCUAGUUUCCCUUCACGGUUCUCCUCUGCUCCCCCAGCAGAACGCUGGAGAUCCAGGGCCCCUUCUUUACGUUGGCGCAGGGAUUUUAUUUGUGCGUGUCGUUUUUGUGUUUUAACAGAAACCAUGUCUGGAAUGUUGGAUACGGAUUGGAUGUAACCAGAUGUUUGGUCUUAAAAGCGUUAGGAAGAGAGCGUUAGUCAAGAUUCCCACAGAAUCACGUCUUAUUUCAUCCUCAGUGCAAUUAUGGUUAAAUCAACGGUGCCAUAAUCACUUCCUGUUAGAGACUAGACCACACCUCUUUUUCUACUGAUGUCACAACAAAGCAAUGUAAUCACUGUCAAUAGUUUAGUGUCAAGUCUCCCAUGUGGUUUUUCUAAACUGUCAGUACCAUAGACUAAACCUCAGCCUGUGUGUAAUACUAACCAUGUAGGAGCCUAAGGAGUGUGUCACAUAGUUGUGUGUUCCCAACCACUGAACAACGUAUUGUAGACAGUCUUCCAAAGAAGCGUCUGAUUCAUGUCACAUAGUGAGUGACCACCGGUCCUGGAGUGUAGUGCUAUUUCUCAUAUAUCUGCAUGAACAACUGCAAGUUCAGAGCUUGUGUGCAAUAAUCAGACUCUCCUGUUUGUGCUGGUGGCAUGAUGGCUGUGCAGCACACAGGCUCAGGGCAGGGUGGUUUCUCUGAAUGUAGGAGGUUGGCUAAAUACGGUCCAGCAACUCCUGAACAAACAAAAAAAAAUUAUGAAAAGAGCCCUGGAGAAAAUAGACCUCUGGUCAUGGAGAUUGUGACCUAAAGAAUCUUAGCCCUGGAUUUUACCAUCUCAGACAGUCUAGACACAGUCCAGAUGGAAUCCACCGUUACCACGGUUACCUCCACAGUGACCACCACUGACGAGUACUGUAGAUCCUCAAACACGCUGCAUGCUUUAAUAGCGUAGAGUCAUUACUGCCUGCAGUGGUUAGUACUGAACUCUAUUAUCGUCUCAUAGUAGAUACGUGCUUAUGCUGUAUGGUGUGAGGAAGGCUAAAAUCUCUACUUGUUGUUACGUGUUUGUAAGGCAUGUCACACCAGUCUGUGUUGGUGUGUAUCUAUUAUAAGCUAGCCUAGCGGUAGAUUAGUUUUCACUGUCAGUUACAGUCCACUGAGUAGCUGGCAUCAGGCCGGUCAGUGUGUGUGCUAGCCCUUGGAUGGGAGGGGCCCUGAGAGAGCAUAUCUCCAGUGGUUUACUGCUCUGUCAGGGCCACAGACCCUAUAGUAAUGUAUUUUGUAUUCUUUAUAUUGUUUGCAAACACAAAAUGUACGCUACUGAUGAAUUGCACCUUUGCUCAUUAUAAAAGUAAUUUUUUUAAUAGAGAUUUGGUGUUUUCUGUUAUAUUUUUUGUUUAAAAUUGUGUCAAUUUGUCAGAAGUAUUUAGUGCAAUAGUUGUUUGACCUUUUAACAAAUGAAAUACUGCGUGAAAUAUUGAAACACUUUGUAGUUUUACAUUUAAAUUUAAACAUCCACUGUUAGCCAAACUGGCCAAGAUGACAGUGCUCCUCCUCGACAAAGCUAGCUGUGUUAGUAAGACGAUCGCUCAAAGAACUCAGAGCUAGCUAGCUGUGUUAGGUAGAACAUCAAUCAGAUAAAUUGGAGCUAGCUUGCAAGCUCGAGCUGCGUGGCACUGAUUUACUAACGGUGGAUUAUGGCUUUAACUGUGUCGUACAUGCUGUAUUUAUCUCCUGAUCACUAUUCAUUGUGCUCCUUUUCUCACUCUACUCACAUAUUAGCACUAAAGUUGACAUGAAAGAUUAAUAUUUGAACCGUAGCAGAUUAAUUUAUUUCAGUUUAAAUGUAAAUUAGGUGUGUAUAAAAUGUAUAUGUAUAUAAAAGUCACUGCACAAUAAAUGUAAACAUAUCUAGA